GUGGAGUCCUUCGACCUAGCUCCGCAAACCCGAACCUCCCUUCCUCACUCCUUCACCACCAUGUCGGACGAGAACAAGAAAACAAUUCCGGCAGCGCUCGCUACCGCAGAGCCCCAUCCUCCUCAAUCCCCUCGUUUCAAGUCCACCCUCGAGGAGUAUGAGCGCUCUGGAGACGACAGACCCCCUUAUAUUCUAACAUACCCAGAGCUCAAGCUCUUAGGCAUCGCUGGGGUUGGGUUCUUCCUCGAUGCAUAUGACCUGUUCAUUAUCAACCCCGUGGCGACCAUGCUUCAAUUCCGUCUUUAUGGCGGCGAGUCUCUUCCUACGGGUCUUGAGGGAUUUGUCAAAGCGGGCGCGAACAUUGGGAGUGUCAUCGGUCAAUUUGCUUUCGGUUACAUGGCUGACCGCUUCGGUCGUAAAGCGAUCUAUGGCAAGGAACUCAUGCUCAUUAUAUUCGCCACCAUUCUCUGCAUCUGCGACCCUACUGGCUCCCUUUCCCCCAACGGCGCACUUAUAUACCUCGGCGUGUUCCGCAUCAUUCUUGGUAUUGGUGUCGGCGGAGACUACCCGAUGUCGGCCUCCAUCACCUCUGACCGCGCAAAUUUGCGCAAGCGGGGUACCAUGCUCGCAUACAUUUUCGCGAAUCAAGGAUGGGGCAGUCUUGCAGGGAGCUUGGUCACCAUCAUCGUCCUGGCUUGUUAUAAGCAUGUGAUGAACGAAGAAGGCAAGACAAGCAAGGUCGACGGAGUCUGGCGUAUCGUCGUGGGCCUGUCAUUGAUUCCCGCCUUUGGCACGCUGUACCAGCGGCUUACGCUUCCCGAGUCGACUCGUUAUCUGAAAUCAACCAAGACAGAUGUUGAAGAAGACCCAAUUGAGGAGCUCAAGCAGAAAGCAAAUGCUAGCACAGAGGUGCCCGAAAAGGCCGACGCGUCGAACUCGAGCAAUGCAUCAGAGGAAGGUUCCUCGCCUGCACCUGUUGAAGAACCUGCCCAAACCACUGGUCACAAAUCGCACCUCCGGGAAUUCAUUCACUAUUUCUCGGAAUGGCGGCACGCGAAAAUCCUCAUCGGGACGUGCACGUGCUGGUUCUUGCUCGACAUCGCUUUCUACGGUAUCAACUUGAAUCAGAACGUCGUUCUCCAACAGAUUGGGUUCGCUGGCAAGACUGGCACGCCUUGGGAACGCCUCUUCAAGAUCUCCAUCGGUAACAUCAUCAUUACCGCAUUGGGCUUCGUUCCAGGCUACUAUGCCACUGUCCUCACCAUUGAGAAGCUUGGACGCAAGUGGAUCCAAAUACAAGGCUUUUUGAUGGCGGCAUUAUUCCUUGGCAUCAUGGCGGGCAGAUUUGAUACAAUGAACACAGCGUCGUUUGUCGUUUGCUUCGCAUUCCUCCAGUUCUUCUUCAACUUUGGUGCCAACGCAACUACCUACUGCUACCCGGCCGAAGUCUUCCCGACGCGCUACCGCGCCACUGCACAUGGUGUCUCCGCCGCUUGCGGAAAGGCCGGUGCCAUCAUCGCUGCCCUCGCAUUCAACUCGUUGAGCAAGAAGAUCGGGACUCCGAAUGUUCUCUGGAUCUUCAUGGGUGUUUGCUUCUUGGGUGCUGCUUGCACGCUCCUGCUUCCUGAGGUUCGCGGCCGUGACCCCGACGCCAUCCUUGCCGAGGAACAGCGGCAGAAACGUGCGCUGUAAUACUACUGCGCGUACACACACACGACAGCCAUGCAUAGUGCAUCGCAUGACAACAUUAGACAUUUCAAGGACAUAGACAUGGAAGCAUUUGAGCGUUGAACGUUAACCCUCGCAUUAAGUGCCAGAGUGCGGGCAGGGUCCACGAGUUGCACCUGCGAACGGUGAUAUAUCGACGACGAUGACGAAGAAGUUUUGUAGGGAUCAGUCAGCCGUAUAUAUAAAAAGAAUGUAACUAUCACUUGAUGAGAGUAUCAUCCACAGCCCGCGCGCCGCGAGGGCACUUCACAGCGUC